ACCAGGCACACCCCGUAUUUCUUAUUCUUCCAUCGGCACCCUCAUUUGCCAGAGGUUAUGAACGCCUGUCCCAUGGGAGAAGACUUUAAAAUUGCUGACCCAGAAGAUGAUCUUGACACCCGAGUAAAUGAAAUGAAAAUUUUAAAUGAGAAGGUGCUUAGCAACAUUGAAAAUGCGCAGAAAAGACAACAAAAGUCUUACAGGAACCGUAAGAGAAAGCUAAUGAGCACAAUCAGUCCUGGCGAUGAGGUCUUGAUUUCUCAAGAUUUCAAUAUAAAACAGAGAAAAGACACCCUUGCUGACCGCCACAAAGGUCCUUUCACUGUGGAUAGUAUCUCUAAAAAGGGUGUGGCAUCAGUGGUGAAAGAUAAUGGGACUCGAUGUUGCAUCAAUGUCUCACGGCUAAGGCCUUUCUACAGGUUGGAAAAUCAUGGAGCAGUUCCAUGUGUGUCACUUCAGGACCAUGAGUAUGGUACACCUGAUGAAGCAACAGACCAUCCUUAUCCUUUUUCUGGAGAGAAAUGGGAAAAAGACUUGGGUCCUCUCCAGGAAAAACUGGUAGGGGAUGAUUCCACCUUGCCCAUUCCAAAUUUCACUCUCCUUCACACACUUGAAGUGGAUGAGUUUGACAGACUCAUACUUCGCCAGCUGAAGAAAGAAGGCAGGCUGAAGGACACUGUCCCUACAAACAUUGGACACAAGGCAGGAUACAGCAUGGACUCGCACUCUCAAUCAGAGUUAGGAGCAGUUUAA